AGUUUAUAAAUUGGAGAAAUUAUGUUAAAAAUUACUUUCAAAGAUAUAAAAUAUGAUGAUUUUUUAUCUCAUUCCUCAGGAAUACCAUAAACUUUUGGGAAUAUAAUAAACAUUGCACGUGCAUAAUGCAACAUAAAAACAGCAUGGAGGAAGUGGACGAAGAAAGGUCGUUGACAAUGGAUCUCAGUGUACCGUUCAGCAGUAUAAGAGAGGCAGAGAUAGCAUACAGGACUCUGAGUGUAGACAAGGAACCCAAGAGGGGUGGAGUGAAGAAAACUUUCACUCUUAAUGAAAAAGUUUUGCAGAUACACUUUCAAGCCAAGGAAGCAAGAACAUUACGUGUUAGUGUUAAUUCAUUCUUGGAUCAUUUGACAUUAGUGACACAGACUAUAGAACAAUUUGGACCCCCUGUGGACACAUGACAAGCACUGUAGAUGUCACUGCAGUACAAGAAAAACUCUUCAACAUUCUGUGAUGGCUGUAGCACUGGUCUCUACUAGGAGCUGAAUGGAACAAAAGAUCAAUGCAGUGUUCAGCGGUGGGGAGUUGUUGGUGUAACAGUAAUGCUUGGAAGAAAUCUUAAUGAACAGGACUUUAGUGUGAUAGAUGGUGUCAGAGAAAUAAGAUUGGGUGAUUGAGGUUGAGCGACUGUUACAGACGUGAAGAAAAAUUAGUUACCCUCCUACCUCACAAUUAAUGAAUGGCAUUUUGAAUCUGAAGUUAUUCCAUAUUUUGCAAUCCAAACCCAUGACUUCACUAGAAAUGCUUCAGCCUAUCUCAAAAUGUUUUUAGAUACCCUACUUUCCUGUACUGUUUAAAGAUUAAGUUGUAAAUAUUACCAAUAUAACCUUCAGCUGACAUGACACUCAGAGUAUUCAGGUUUUUCCUCAAAGCACUCACUGGGCCUCACAUGGCAUGGCAGUGAGUAUAAACUGAUAUGUACAGUAGGGAGCGUAUAGUAAUUGUAAUCUUACAUGUACUAGUAGCUGCCUGGAACAUUGAAAUUUUUCACUUUUUUUUCACUUAACAGAUCAUGAAGAUCAGUGAUUCAAACCUCAGGAGUCAUGUAUGUGAAGCUUGAAAUGAAAGAAUAAACUUAUCAUGGCUAAUGAAAGAUCAUGCUAAAUAUGUGUUUUAUGAGUGAUGUUCAGUCGAAAAUGUGGCAAAUGCAUGGUUUUUAUAGUCUUUCCAUAUUGUUUAAGGUUUUUCUAUAUGGUCACACAUAGUAUUUUCUGUAGAAAUGAAGAUGAAAUGAUGGUAUAAAGUAAUUUUUGUUUAUUAUGAUUGUAAGUUGGUAAUUGAUUGAUACUUGUAGGUAUUGUGCAAAGUUGAAGAAAAAACUUUAAUCCCUAAACAUAAAAGAUAUAUUAUCAACAAUCCUUUAUCGACAUCAACUAAUUUCAGAAUGUUUUGCAGUUUUAUAUAGAUAAAAACAAACAUUGCCUCUUACCUUCCAAAGAGGGGGACAUGAGGAGAGGGGGGAUGGCGUUUAUUUUUUUUAAAUUGGUUUGCACACUGUG